AUGGGGCAUCAGGGUUAUACUAAAACAAAAUUAUUGGCACAAGAGAACGUUUGGUGGCCGAAUAUUAACGAAGAUAUCGAAUUACACGGUAAGAAUUGUGAAUUAUGUCAACCAAAUAAUCCUGGCAAUAAAACGAUCAUAGGGAAAUGGCCCUCCGCAAAUAAACCAUGGGGAAGAAUUCAUUUAGAUUUUGCCGAACCAAUUAACGGAGAUAUAUACCUAGUAAUAAUAGAUAGUUUUAGUAAAUGGCCUGAAAUACAAAAAAUGACGACGAAUAAUUUUACUGAAGUAAGAAAAUUGUUGUUAAGACUUUUUGCUAUUUUCGGUUACCCCAAUACGAUUGUUACGGAUAAUGGCCCUCCAUUUCAAAAUUUUUUGUUUAAUUAUCAAAAUACGCCACAAAUAACCACAAAACAAUCACCAAGUUCAAUUAUGCUUAAAUUUCAACCCAUAGGACCUUUACAAUUAAUAAAACCAGUUUAUCCUCAUCCAUAUAUACCUCAGUUACCAGAUAAUUGGAUACCAGGUAUCAUUGUUAAAAGAACAGGACCAAUGACGUUUUUAGUUGAAACUAAAUUAGGGAUAUGGAGAAGACAUAUUAAUCAGUUAAAACAUAGGUUCGACAACUCAGAAUUAAAAAAUAGAGAGGAGGGAAGAGAUGAAGAAACGAUGCAAACUACACCACAAAUGAAUGAAAAUGAGCCCAUACAAAACUCAAUGACUAAAGACAUUGAUCCUAUACACGAAUUGGUGACCAAAGACAUUGACCCAAUACAAGACUCAAUAAACAAAGAGACCAUCAUAAAUGAUAAGAUGAAAAUCGACAGUAAUGAGCAAACGGUGGUAGAGAACGAAAGUACAAGCAGCCGUUAUUCAAAACGGAUAAGAAAACAAUUUAUACCGUUUCAAAUCGAGAGUCCAAAAAAGGAGAGAAUAGAUGUAAUAGAAACAAUUAGCCUCAAAGGCAAUUAA